AUGAUGUUCCUGAGGAAAGUAUUCCUAAGGAACAGGUUCCAAGUUCAGUUUCUGGCUUCGGGUUUAGGGUUUGGGAGGAAGAUUUUGUUCCUAAGGAAGAUGUCCCUAAGGAACAGGUUCCAAGUUCAGAUUCCCGGUUUAGAAAGGAAGACUUUGUUCCUAAGGAAGAAGUUCCAAGUUCAGAUUCCGGGUUUAGGGAAGGGAGACUUUCUUCCUAAGGAAGGUGUUCCUAAGGAAUAUGUCCCUAAGGAAUAG